UGUUCUCAUGAGGUCGUCUAUGCUGGUCCUGUUCCUCCUCAUCAGCGCCCAGGCUGUGGCCGCCAUCUUAGGAGCAGCACAGCAGCAGGGUCCAGGCAACAACUCCAACACCAUCCCCACAGUGGACCCUAAGCUCUUCACCAAGCGCCGCUACCUCUCACCCAGGGUGCUCUUCAGCGACCAGCCGCCUGAUGCAGAUCCGGCGGGGUCCCAGGGGGGCGUCAGGAGGACCCCCAGGAGAGCGGGGCAGCCUCAGCACCGAGGAGUCUACUCAGUGUGCGAUAGCAUCAGCAACUGGGUGGGCAACAAGACCAAAGCCACAGACAUCUCAGGCAAUGAGGUGACGGUGCUGCCGGACGUGAACAUCAACAAUGUGAACAAGAAGCAGUACUUCUUUGAGACGACGUGCCACAGCGAGCGCUCCGGCAGCUCCGGUUGUUUGGGGAUCGAUGCCAAACACUGGAACUCCUACUGCACCAACUCACACACUUUUGUCAGAGCGUUGACCUCGUUUAAGAACCUGGUGGCCUGGAGGCUCAUACGCAUCAACGUGGCCUGUGUGUGUGUGCUGAGCCGUAAGUCAUGGCGUCAGUAAAGACUUUCCAUUCACAUCACAAACACACUCAAUUACAAACACAGACAUACUCAUCACCAGAGACUUCUCAUCCUCUAAACAAAGUAAGUUAUUAGUAUAUGUCAAAGUAUCAGGACUGCACAACAGCCCUGGGUCAAAUAGCUAGUAGCGGGUACAUUACCAAAGAUGCUGUGACACUUAGCAUCAUACUGUCCUUGCUGCAGGAGACACCACCACAUGUGUUCAAAUGUGUAUAAAUCCUUUGUGACAUUAAUUGUCACAACACUUCUUUGGGUCUAAACACUUUACAGUGUGUUUAAAAGAAGUGAGCUUACCAAACCUCUGCAGCGCACUCCUCAUAUCUGCCAGUUCCUCUUCACAGCAGACAUUUUGACACAUCACUGCAGAUAAACACAGGUGUUAUUAAUACCACUCAUUAUGGCUCUGGUAUUGUGGCUCACUGGAAUUAACUGGACCUUAAUUACCUUAAUCAAUUACACCUGUGUACACCCUGCAACCACAUGGCAAAAUGGCUGCUGUGAAUGUAGCCUAUUAGCUUAGAGGCUGCAUGUAUGUUGCAUUGUGGGUAAUGUAGGCACCAGGUUUUGAUGCAUGGAAUUAAAAAGACAAUAUUUCUGGUUUUGCUGCAUCUAUUUUGUAUUCCUUUUGUAUUUGACAUUUAGUACAGUUAUUAAACAGUAUCAGAAUGUGUACCCUGUCCUAAAUUCAGAUCAUUUUUAAAUAGUAUGAUUAUUUUAAACUUGUUGUCUAUUUCCAGAACAGCCAAAGCCAAGCCAUGGCUGCAACCACAUCCAGCUACAGUCCUUCUCACACUGCAUAGAUGUGUACUUUACCUUUCAUUUUUAGCAAUUUGAUAAACACGGGUUAAGCUGAAUGACAGCUCAACUUCUCCAAACUAAUAAUAUGAGAAGCCACAGAUGAUGUAAAAUUGUGAAUAUAUUUUUUUAAUGAGUUGCAGCCGUCGAUAUGUCCAUAAUGACCUGCUGCAGAAAAACUACAUUUAAAAUAGCAAUUUAACCUUAUCGUGUACUUUAUCAUGUUCUACUUCCACAUGACCUUUAACCUGCUUUCCACCUCUGCAGCAGAUUUAUUUCUAACCUGAUGCGAUGACCUCUAGUGGCAUACAGGUGACAACUACAAGACAUUGAAACUGGGUUUUAAGCAUACACUGUAUUUCAUUUAUAUAAAGUCUUUGGUGGAACUAGACCCUGGUGCAUUUUAAACUGCAGCUUAUGAAGACACAUAAUUGGUGUUUAACAAACUACCAUAGACUGUAUAAACCUACUUUAAAGGCAUCACAGGUUUAAACCUGUCUUAUACCGCAGCUCAGUUUGUGCACAUCAACACAAUCAUGCUGAUUACAGUGUUUUCUUUUCUUCACCCAUUAUAUAUUCCUAUAGCACACCACACUCACUAUAAGUGGACUGAAGCAACCCACACAGUUUAGAAAUACAGUUU